AUGUCCUCUCAAUUUCUGCAGACAGAGCUCUUGAAUUUGAUUCAGGAAUCCAAGAGAAGAAACUCUGAAUUGCGUAAUGCGGCUGAAGAGUCCCUUAAUGAAUUGAAGGCAUUGCCUUCUACGUCUGAAGCGCAGAUUUCAGCAGACCUGGUGCGCAAACCUAAGUUUGCAAAUCCAUUCAUCCUCGCGUGCCACAGCCGCCAUGCAAAGCUUGCAGGCAUCGGGGUGGUCUGCCUGCAAAGGCUAGUGGCCUCACGAUCACUGCCAUCUGAGCGGCUGAAAGAUGUUCUUGCUGGACUGAAGGAGACAACGAACAUGAGCCUAGAUAUCCAGCUCAAGAUAUUGCAGUCGUUGCCUUCCUUACUGCAGCACUAUUCCAGUGACCUGGGAGGAGACCUCCUGGUAAGCACUCUGGAGAUAUGUGCUACUCUGCAAGGAAACAAAAUGCUUGCAGUCUCUAGUACUGCCGCAGCCACGUUGCAGCAGCUAAUCGUGUCAACUUUUGACCGUGUUUCAAUUGAAGACAGUCUGACCGGAGAACCAGAGAAUUUUGAUAAAACCACUCCAACGACGACUGUUAAAGUCGAUGGGAACCCUGUAAAUAUAGGGUAUUUUGCAUACGAUGCUCUGCGGGUCCUGGACGACCUCUGUCGACUCAUUGAUGGGGAACCUUUGUAUUUCCUUCGAAUCAAGUCCCUCUCCUCAGCGUUUACCCUUGAGCUUAUUGAGAGCAUUCUGAUCAACAGCGGCAAGCUUUUCGUUGUUCAUUCCGAGCUAACGCAAGUUUUGCGUGUUCGGCUCAUGCCGAUGAUCGUAAGGUAUUUGUCUGAACGGCAUAGCUUUUCGCAGACCGUUCGAGUCAGUCGCAUCCUCUUGGUGCUCCUCAAACGCCAUAUGUCUCUCCUUCCUGCGGAGUGCGAGAUGGCCCUUGGUCUCUUGACGCAUCUCCUUGAGCCAGACGGAAACUCCCCUUGGAAACGAGUCCUCUGCAUGGAAGUCUUCAGAGGCUUAUAUGCCGAGCCAGGUCUGGUAAGGCUCCUCUAUUCCCUGUACGACAGGGAUGACCGGAGAAAGAAUAUUCUCAAAGACCAUAUGGCCUCUCUUGUCCGCCUAACUUCCGAAAAGCCCUCUUUAAUUGGAGUCAGUAGCCGGUCGACCGUGCCUUACCGAGUUGAGCAUGCGAGAUCUAUCACUGAGGAGCAGAUCACGCUCGAGGCUGGUGGAGUUGCUGGCGUCAUCGGAACCACCGUUCCAUCAACUGACACUGAUGUACCAGGAAUCAGCAGCCAGUGGAGUGUGGUUCGCACACCGUAUAUGGAGUUGCUUGACAAGACUGAUCCUCCUACUCCUCCUGAUACAUAUAUCUACAGUCUUGUGCUGAACUGCAUCGGUAGCUUUGCUGAAGGACUCGCAAAGUUCAUACUUCCCUUGACGGUGCCCGACCUUAAGCAAAAACGGAGAAGUCGUGUCAUGAGUCCUCACCCGGAUGGUGGCUCUUCUCGGCCUUCACAUGACCUUCAACGGACGAAUUCCUCCAAAGGAUUGCAGCCUCCAGGUCCUAAAAAGUCCUCUGUACCGAUCAAUCCCCUGCAGCUAGAAUCUCAUCCCCAACUACCCGCAAUACAAAGCUGUGCCGGAAUAAUUGAGACAAGCUGGCCUGCUAUUCUCGCUGCUUGCUCAACUUUCUUAUACGCAUCGCUCGAUGAUGACUUUUACCACAACCUUGUCCGAUCAAUCCAGAAGUUAGCUCAUGUUGCUGGUCUUCUCAGGCUAUCUACGCCCCGCGAUGCUCUUUUGACAACCCUAGGAAAGGCAGCCAUGCCUGCAGACGCAACUGGGACGAGGCCUCCGGGCACUGCAGCGGCUACUACAAUCACUUCGCAGUCUAAUAAAGCCGAUGAGAAAUCCAGAGGGUCACAGGCGUCGCUUGCUAAUUCUCCAAUACCGGCUGAGACUUCCAAUGGCCCUUCUGACGUUGCGCUUGUGUCCCUCAGUACCCGGAAUCUCCUGUGCUUGCGGGCGUUGCUCAAUCUGGGCAUAGCCUUAGGUCCUACACUAGACCAGCCGGCCUGGUCGAUAAUACUAGGAACCCUUCAAGACACAGAUUUGGUGAUCGGCAUGGCUUCCACGAAGUCACAAGCCUCAACCAGUACUUCUGGGGAAACUUCAUCUGCUGCUGGUGUCGAUGUGCCUAAAGCUAAUCUCAAUUCUGAGAUAUUGGCUGUGCAGGCAGCGUCGGCUAAAAUGAUAGAAAGUACUAGCGAAUAUCCCAGCGAAUCAUUCCAGGAGAUCUUAACUGCGCUCUUAGAUCUUUCUGGAGAACCCGAAGAAUCGACGCAAGAAUCAGCUGAGGUAACAAGUACCAUUCUCUCACCACAGUCGCGCUCCCAUUUGAUGCGCAAAAACACUCACCGCGUAUCACGCUCUAUGGGAAAAUCGAAAACGCAAGAUGAACUAUUAAAAUUUGUCCGCGAGAAAACAAACGAGCUGGCUCGGGCAAAUCUCGAACGGUUCUCAUCACUAGCCAAUGCUGACCAAGACGCCUGGCAACUUCUUACGGGAAGAUUGAUGUCAAGUGCAGCGGACAGGUCUAAUAUCCAAAAGCUUCGAUUACGAGCCAACGAGGUUCUCAAUGACAUUGUUUUCCAGACACUGAAGCAAUCUGAUACCGGGGAUGUCUCUGAGCGGAAUGCACGGCAAUUGAGAAAUCUCCAGACACUCAAGCUCCAAGUUCAACUGCUCUACGAUUCUGGUGCUUGUUCGGCAGGGUCGCCUUCAGCGCCCGUGGCCGAAGUUCAUGAACAGAGCCUGGAAACACUGAAGAGCAUCCUCGAACAAUAUGCCGAAACUUUCGUCGAUGGAUGGUCCGUCGUUUUUGAUCUUAUAACCAGUGUUUUUGGCGAACCCAACGGCACCGAAAUACCAAAGAAAGGGCGCCAGCCAUCAUCGACAGCAAAUUCGCCUCGACUUGUUCGAGUUGCUUACAAGUCUCUGCAGCUCAUAGCUUCCGAUUUUAUCUCGUUGCUUCCAGUGCCCUGUCGGCUGAGCCUUGUUGAUUCUUUCUCAAAGUUUGCCCUGCAACAGCAGGAUUUCAAUAUCUCACUGACAACUACCUCAUCUUUUUGGAAUGUUUCGGACUUCCUUCAGGGACAGAUCGAGCAAUUCUGCAUCGAGUCGCACGUUGACUCCUCUGUAACUGAAGACACCCUUGCAGGGCUAGCCAAGGGGGAGGAUCCUUCAGUGUCGCGAAACGCGCUGUGGUUAUUGCUCCUUCUACGGAUUGUUGACCUCACGACGGAUAGCCGGCCGGAAAUUCGGAACUGCGCUGUUCAGACACUAUUGCGGAUCUUUGACGCCUAUGGUCAACAACUGUCGCCCAAGGCAUGGCGCUUGUGUCUGAACCGUGUCUUAUUUCGAAUGGUGGAGGAAAUAGAGACCGAGCUCACCUUUACACGAGAGGAGAAUAGCAGUCGCACUCCCGAUGAUCUCAAGGCAUGGACUGAGACCACUGUUGUCAUGAUAAAGGGGGCUUCUGAUCUUAUUACUACUUUCUUCGAGCCAAUCGUUCAAGAUGACCUAUUCGAUCAGUCUUGGGAACGGCUGCUUGAAUAUUUCCGAAAGUUGAUAAGCCUACGGCUUCUUGAAUUCAGCGAGGCUGUAUACUCCAGCCUUUCCAGUAUUCUUCGUCGUGUGCAGGCAUCUUGUAGUCUGAGCACACAGGCCCUGCGUUCUGCUUGGCUACUCUGGGUAGAUGGACACCCGGCCGAUAAGGAAGAUCUACUUGAUUUGGAACACCCUAAUCAAGAUGCGGCAAUAGCAUACCUCCAGUCAUUCCAGCAGAUUUAUCGACUAUACAAGGAUGAUAUUGCUGGAGAGCAGGUGAAAAUCAUCCUCGGACAUUUGCGUCUUCUUGCUUGGAAUUCAAUAUCCCCUCCAUACUCGCCAGAUAUUGAUCGCUUAUCGCGCCUUCAAACCAUGAUCAUGGAGUGCUUGAAAACAUUAUGCCUUGACAAAGACGAUUCUCAACCAGAGAUACUAUUUUGUCUCGCUGAUUUUGCGGAUGCGCCGUUGUCAAAGUGGAAACCUGCAAAUGACUCAAAGAGACCGACUUAUCUUGCCUUCUCUAAAGCUGCGAUAGAGCUCCUUAGCUGGUACAUCGCUGAGCACGGUAUCAAAAAAGACAUUUUCACGAACGGUUCGCUAGCUACGGCUCUAGAGCAUCUCGCGAACCCCAUUGUCCAAAGGUACGAGUGGUCAGGGAAGGAUCGGGAACCGAGUCUCUGGCGAAAGUCCACAACAGCAUCCUUGAACGUUCUUCAAGUUGCAAUCCCUUACGUGGAGACACAAUAUGGCGAUUCGGAAAAUCCUGAAAUCACACAUUUCUGGAAGAGCGUUAACGACAUCGCAAGUGGUAUUGUCACCGCUCGAGGUUAUCGAACCACUUCCGCUCCCCGGGCCACCAUCCUGGAUGACGAGUCCUUUGACGUGGCUGCUUUUGGACGACUCAAGACACUAAUCAUUCCAUCACUCGGAGCAUCCGUGAUCCCGGACUCAAUCCGCCGGGACUUCUCCUGCGGCUUGUUGCACUCGUCCUUCAUCUACCUCCCUCAGCGCUUCGACGUUCCCGCUAAAUCCCUCCAAGACCAACCCCUUAAGGACAUCUACGAAAUACGACCUGGAAGGACCUUCGAACCCCCACCCACAAUACGGACCAAAAUGGCCUACGCUGUGAUUGACACACUCUUCGAACUAGCAUCAUCGCCUUCGGACCAAGCAACACAAGCCACUAGCGACAAUACACCCGAACAACGAAACACCGCUCUCGUCCUCCUUGCACGCUCCAUCACCCCAUACCUUAUCCUCCGUUGUGCCGUAUCCCUGAAAGGCUACAUCGCAGACCAGCCCCUGCGCGGCCUGAUGCCGCAGCCCACGCCCGCGCGCAGAUCCCUUCUACAUCUCCUCCGCGGCAUGGUAGGCCUGCGUAGCGAGCCGUCGGCAAUCCCUCCACCCAAGACAGCGCCGAACGAAUCAGCCACCGCCGAGACUAGUUCGGACUCUGACCGGGAUCACAAAAAGCACCUUGCAUGGAUCUACCCGCUUGUUGUGCGGGCCGUGCAAGUUGCCGGGAAGGAACAGGAUGACGGUGAAGUUCUGCAUGCUCUCGGGAAGAUUCUGCAGGAGGUUAAUGGUGGUAGUGCUGGUUUUCAGGUAUGA